CUUCAACCAAUCAGAAUGAGCUGUCGUGUCCAAGCGGGGCUACGGGAAGCCGCUGGGUCCAGAAAGGCUCUGACAGAUCAUCACUGCCAGCCAAGUAGUAAAACAACGCAACUGUUCUCGCAGUCAGGUGAAGAGACGAUUCGUUUAAAAAUGAGGAGCAGCAGGUGUAGUGUGCAGUGGGGGGGUCUGCUCCUCCUUCUCUCCUGCUAUCUCCUGUACGUCCACUGUCAGGUGGAUCCACACCACCACCCCCAGCAGCAUCAGCAGCAGCAGCAGCAGACGCCACCGGCCGUGGAAAGCGGCGCUCACAUCACCGGCCACGGUCGCCUGGACAGAAACAUGGUGCAAGACAAAGACCACAUCAUGGAGCAUUUGGAGGGAGUGAUCGACAAACCAGAGAAAGACAUGACGCCCCAGGAGCUGCAGCUGCACUAUUUCAAGAUGCACGAUUACGACGGGAACAACUUGCUGGACGGGCUGGAGCUGGCCACAGCAAUCACACAUGUGCACAAGGAGGAGGGAGGAGAGAACAGCCAGCCAAUGAAAGAGGAGGACCUGAUCGCUCUCAUCGAUGACGUCCUGAAGGACGACGACAAAAACAACGACGGUUACAUAGACUACGCCGAGUUCGCCAAGUCUCUCGAGUAGAGCGUCUCCCUGCGUCUUCAACGGAAUCUGCACAGGAAGCGACCGGGGGCCACGGCGGGAGAGCGGGGACGCGGAGCCAAACCCAGACUCAGCCUUCGCUUUCUCACUCACAGCCAAUAAAAUCUAGGAGAUUAUGAAGCAAUGGGGGGAAAAAUAUGAAAUAUAAUAAGCAACAAAAGGGGUGGAACUGAAGCGCUCGCACGGGCCUUUUAUUUCCUCUGCUUUUGUGGAUUCCUUGAAAUCGUGACUUUUUUUUUUUUUAUGAUAGUCAGUUCAUCCCAGUUACUAAAAUAUAUAUAUUUUUUAUUAUUUCUCCCCAACAUUGUUGCAGUUCAGUUCUCACAUGCAGAACACGCUGGAGCACAAUCCUUUUUUUUGUUUUGUUUUCUAGCUCUACCUCCCACACACACUUCAGUGGUGGACGCUCAGUCUGGAGUCGCUCUGUUCCCGACAAAAUCCCGUUUAAAACACAAACAGGUGUCAUAGGUUAGUUAAGGCAUUUGAGGAGAUUCAUACUUCAGAUAAUUAGUUGUAGGACUAUCCAGUUGCAUGCAAAGUUAGUUUUGAAAUGAGCCCUGUAAUGAAAUCAUAGGUGGUGUAGGAGGAGAAACCUUUAACCCACAGAAACUCCUCAUUUACCGUUAAUCAGCACACGUUCGCUGCUUUAAAACUAGAGGACCAAACCGUUUCCUUCUGUGAAUCCAUUUCAUUCUCUGUCUGUGAGGACGAGGAGACGAACAGACAGCAGAAAGUGGCCUUGACUCGACGGGUUGAGAGGCGUUGAAGUCUGCAGGUGCUCCUCAGGACCAUUAGAUCCACGGCGAGAGCCGACCAUCGUUCUCCUCCGCUGGAGGAGGCUCGACGCGAAUCAUCCCAGAGUGAAUGUAAAGCAGCGCCGCUGCCGAUUCUUUUAUCACUGGAGUUUAUAGACUCAACUGAAAGCCGCGUUUUUUCAUGUCGAAAGCUGAUUCUGUUUCACGGGUUUUCCAGUAGAGCACAUAAACACGACGCGUGUUUGCUUCGGAUAUUAGCUGCCUUUAAAACACACGGAGACGCGGGGACACUUGAUGUCAGAUCCCGUUUUUUUUAGUUUUUUUUUUUUUUUAAUCCAUCCGCCGUCUAAUUUCUCACACGGAGGAGUUCUAUAUAUUUUUUGCCAUUCAGUGUUGAUUCUUCAGCUGAUUCAUGUUGAUGAAUGCGAGUAUUUAAAAAAAAAAAAAGAAGAAGAAGAAGCAACGACGUUGUCUCUGGAAUGUGAACUAUUAAAAAAAAAAGGGUAAUUGAAA